AUGUUCCCCAACAUAGCCGACAUCCUCGACUCCGCACCCAUUACACCCUGCACCUCCGCACCAGGUACCCCUGCAUCGGAAACAAUGGCUAGCGACACGAUCACACACAUCGUGCUCUUCAGAUACCGCCAAGAUAUAUCAUGGACGGACCUAGAGAGCCACUUCAAGUCCUUCAUGGCCCUACAACACAAGUCGCUCAAUCCUAACACCGGCAAGCCGCUCAUACAAUCGCUGAAAGCCGGCAAAAACAGAUCGUGGGAACCUUUCUCCAAAGGCAUGACACAUGGUUUCGUGCUCGAGUUUGCGAACCAGGCAGAUUUGGACUACUAUCUCACCACCGAGCCGGUUCAUAAGGCCUUCUCCAAAGCCGCAAAGCCGCUGAUCGAGGAUAGCUUAGUCGUCGAUAUCAAAGACGGGGUGCUGUUCGGUUCUGCGGCUGAACAUCCAUCUGCGAAAGGAGAUGGGGCCAGGAAGGGUACAUGUCAUUGCGAGAGUGUAAAAUGGACCGCGAAGCUCGAAAAUGCCGAGCACGUGCUUUGUCAUUGCUCAACAUGCCAGAAGCUUGGUGGUGGACCGUACUCGUGCAAUCAGAUCAUACCGAGAGAAGGACUGCAGAUCGUCUCCGGCGAGGAAAACAUCAGGCAGUAUCGGUACAAAGGUGCUAGUGGCAAGUUCGUGCGAUGCUACUUCUGCAAGGUUUGCACGAGCCAUAUUUAUCACCAUCAAGAUGUUAUGCCGGACAAGAUCAUCGUGCGCACUUUGUUACUGGAAGGCGGUGAGGACAUGCCAGCCACAGCCGAGAUCUUUGGCGAGGGAAGGUUAGCCUGGGUGCAAGAGCUUUCGAAGCAGCUAUGA